CGGUGCGGCUCCAUGCCUGUCACUCCCCCGCUCCCCCUUUGUGCCCGGCUCCCGGAGCAGCUCUCCGCUCCCUCCCCCAACACCCGCCCAGGCAGCAAACCGGCGGAGCCCGGUCUCUGCGGCUGCCGGCCGGGGAAGGAGGCAGAGCAGGAGGCCCCGGCGGCAUGGCAGCCCCCGCCCUUGCCUUGCCGAAGGCGCCGGUCCCAGCCCGCCGCCACCGCGGGCUCACCUCGCUCCGGCUCGGCUUGCAGGCAGAGUCUUCUUAACCAAUUAUUUGCUCUUUCUGACAAGCAUCUCCAUGGAAUCACUGGAGGAAUUUGCAGGGUGAUAUCAACUGCUUUAUGUGGGGAGCUGAAUUGCCAUGGAAAGAUAGAUCAAUGGAUGCUAUUUAAUCAAGAGAGAGGCACAGAAGAAUCUUUAUCAGUCAAAACAGAGGCCAAAGAAGAAUCAUAAAAAGCACAGCUCCAGUUAAUUGUCUCAUCGUUGACAUUAGUCUUGUGCACAAUACAACACAUUAAUUUCCAUUUAACUCUUUCAAAUGCUUUUGUACUUACAAGUAGCAAGAAAAAGAAAGGCUAGUAUGAUGCCUAAACUAUGACUCUAAAUUAGAUACUGUAUUUCAUUUUUACUAAAAAGAAGGAAAAUGACUGGAACACAAUGACUUAAGGAAGAGGAUAUGAAGUUUUAUUCUAACAUUUUACAAAAGAAUCCUAAAAUCUGGCCCAGAUCCACAAAGAAACGUAGGCACAGAAACUCCAGAUUUAGGCACUUAAAUAUUGGGUACAGGUGCCUAUGUCCCAGUUUUGGCUUCACUGUGAUCCACAAAACUCCCCCCAAACCCUGUAAGUGUCCGGAGUGAGCACCUUCAGCUGAGCCUGAGGACAAGUCAGCCCAACCACCAAGCGUAUUAAUGAACUCAACUGCAUUGCAGUCAGAUUGCUUGAUUGGCCAGCCCACCUGAUUGGCCUGCUUUUAAGCUCAAUAGCAGCAAACUGCUGGCUGCUCAAAGCUUUGGCUUGUAGCUAUGGUUGCUUUUGUUCCUGUUCUGCAUGAGUGCUGGUCUUGAUUCAGCCUUGUUCCUGACUCUGGUUCCCACUCUUGGCUCUGGUUUCUGGCCCCCUUAGCCUGGUUCUAUUCAUUGAGCAGGACUGUCCCCCUGACAGUAGGUGCCCAAACUCACUCAGGGCCUAAGUUCCUGCUUCACUCUACUGUCCAAACACUGUCUCCCAGAUAAUUCAUAACCUGGGGAAAGAUAAGCAUUCAUCCACCUAAGUUGCAAGUGGGGCCUGAUCUGCUAGCUGUGCUCAUAGGCUACCUAUCAGGUCAUGUUCUAUUCAAAAUCUGGCCAGAACAGAUAACUUAUAGUCCAGUGGUUAGAGCACUCACCUGGGAUGUGGGAGACGCUGUGUGAGGGGGAAGAAGGGUUUUCAACAGGGGUCACACGCACUGCUUGGGAAAGUGCUCUAACCACUGGGCUAUGGGAUAUUUUGAUGUGAGGCUCCCUCACUCUCUCCUGUUGAAGUUGUUCCACUGUGGAUACAUACUUAGUCACUGGGCCAGAGAGAUAGACAAAAUGACUCUGUCGUCUAGUGCUUAGGACAUGCACAUGGGAAUCUGAAGGCCACUCCUACUGCUCCAUCCAUUCAUUCAUUCACUUUCCACAGUGGAACAGGCUUGACAGGAGAGACUGAGAAAGCCCCAAAUCAGAAUAUCCUAUAGCUUUGUGGUUAGAGCAUGCGCCUCAGAAAGGGAAGACCUCUGUUCAAAUCCUUACUCCCACCUCAAGUAGAAAGGGGUGAAUUGAAUUUGGUUUUCCAUGUUGCAAGUGAGUGCGCUAACUCCUGGGCUUAGAGCGAUAAGGUGAGCAACUCCUCCAGCUGGUUUGUGUGGGGCAAGGGAGACACCUUGCUCACUUCCCCAACAAAUGCCUUAUGCCCUGGAGGGUAAAGCUGCAUGGCAAUAAAAGACCCAUCGUUGGACUGGGUCAGUUGACUUGGGUUUGUGAGGUGCCAGCUGUAGGUCUAAAAAUCACAGUGUAGACAU